UCCAUCCUAGAUUACAUCACAAGAACAUUCCUGCUCCAGCCACAUAAUUGCAGUUUUGUGCCUGCAAUUGUUUAACACCGAUCCAUAAGCAUGGCAAUCAAGCCUUGUCAAGUACUGCUGCUCCCUUUGGCACUGCUGCUUCUGGCUGGCAGCUCGCCGGCGGCGGCCCAGCUGGAGGUCGGCUACUACAGCAAGACAUGCCCGAACGCCGAGGCGAUCGUGCGCGACGAGAUGGAGAAGAUCAUCUCCGCCGCGCCCAGCCUCGCCGGUCCCCUCCUCAGGCUCCAUUUCCACGACUGCUUCGUCAGGGGCUGUGAUGCUUCCGUCCUACUCAACUCCACCGAGGGAAACCUGGCAGAGAGGGACGCCAAGCCCAACAAGAGCCUCCGGGGCUUCGGUUCCGUGGACAGGGUGAAGGCCAAGCUCGAGGCCGCCUGCCCCAACACCGUCUCCUGCGCCGACGUCCUCGCCAUCAUGGCCCGCGACGCCGUCGUGCUUGCCAAGGGCCCAUCCUGGCCUGUUCCGCUCGGCAGGAGGGACGGCAGGGUGUCGAGCGCCACGGAAGCCGCCGACAACCUGCCCCCUGCCUUCGGCGACAUCCCCCUCCUCACCAAGAUCUUCGCCGCCAACGGGCUCGACCUCAAGGACCUCGUCGUCCUCUCCGGCGCGCACACUCUCGGGACGGCGCACUGCCCGUCCUACGCCGCCCGGCUCUACAACUUCAGCGCCGCUGGCGCGGACCCGACGCUCGACAGCGAGUACGCCGACAGGCUGAGGACGCGCUGCAAGAGCGUCGACGACACGGCCAUGCUCUCCGAGACGGACCCCGGCAGCUACAAGACCUUCGACACCAGUUACUACCGCAACCUCGCCAAGCGCAGGGGGCUCUUCCAGUCCGACGCAGCGCUGCUCACCGACGCCACCACCAGGGAGUACGUCCAGCGCAUCGCCACCGGCAAGUUCGACGACAUGUACUUCGAGGACUUCGGCGAGUCCAUGGUCAAGAUGGGAAACGCCGGCGUGCUCACCGGUGCUCAGGGCGAGAUCAGGAAGAAGUGCUAUAUCGUCAACUAGAGUGGCUGCUAGCUAAAGCUUUUGCACAAGCACGAAACGGUAGUGCAGUAUGUAUGCGCAUGCAAGUAUGUCUGUAUUAAUCAGUUCAUUAUUCUAAUUGAUGUGAUUAUUCUGUAAAAUAAUUCUUCUCAGCACUUAUUCCAAUAUAGUUGAUAUUCUUUAUUCGAGUGAGUGCCAAGUCUACGCACGUAUAGCUCGCUA